UAUACAAUGGCGCAGAUCUGCGCAAAGCAGCUGCUGCUAAGAACCAGAAGCUAGUCCUUUUUAACAUCUUUACGUAAAAGGUUAAUGAACAAAUAUAUAAUCCAUCUAGAUCUAGAUCUAUGUUAUCCAUGAUACGAAGGAAAUAAUACUGCAUCUUAACCUUGUUUAAGACUGCCUAAUUGUGUAGUACGUGCUCUGGACUGUAGUCUGUGAUCUUGAUGAUCCUGGGUUCAAACCCUGCCCUUUGCCUUCCACCGUCGUCCUUUCAGCAUGACAGAUUUGAUCUGUGUCACACGUGGCUACAUCUGAUAUUUGUUAAACUAAACAAAACCAACAGACUUUGACAUGCAGUGUUACACGCGCGCCAACAAAGAGCCCCGCACCGUGUACGGAGUCAGCUACAAAACCCCGCCCUACAGAUACUACCAUCAGCGCCCUACAUUUAUUCCAGAACCAGCGCGGAACGCCAGGCCUUGGGUACCCGAGGGCGUUCCAUUUCCUCAUCAUCUUUAUUCAGAGAAACGUCUACUUGUGAUUCCCGAUGAUCCACCAGUACACAGGGAGAAGAAAAUGAAAGAAAUGUUGGCGGCUGUCAAUGUCACGAACUGGACCUCAGGGCGAGACGUGAAAUGUUUGGGGGCCCGGAUGUCAAAGUUCAGUGAAACGAUGAAGUAUUCGAUCCAGUCCACCUACAGAGACCAUUAUCCUGGAUUCUACUUGGGGGCUGAACCCAAGAGACAUCCAAACAGAACUGCUUCAGCGGGAGCAACUCCUACAACCUACCACCUGGUGCCGUACCCUAAACCACGUGACCACCCUUUCACCAUUCAGAACUACGCCCCACCAGAAGACGACACCGAUGACCCCAGCAACAGAUGCGAGCUGAUAACUGUGCCUCACUACAUUCCGUGCCCGUUUCCUGGCCCCCCGGUUUCAAAGUCUUACAAGAGCACCUUGCCAGUGGAGAACAAGUCACAGAAAAUGGGAUGGGUAGAAUAAAGAGUUGGCAUCACUUUAAAAACAUCACAAGUUUG